ACCAUCGUUGACAAACUCUCCAGCAGUUGAUUUUGAUUCAGUGAGCAGUUUAGUUCGUUUGAGACAAAACAAAAAUUUUACGGAAAAAAUGGAGCGUUGGGUGAGGAAAGUUGCGGUAGUUACAGGUGCAUCGAGCGGCAUAGGGGCUGCUAUAGCUCUUGAUCUAGUCAAAGCGAAUAUGAUCGUAAUUGGAUUAGCCAGACGUGAUCAACGAGUCAACGAACUGAAGUCCCAAAUUCCAGAAAACUGUGCCGGUGAAUUGCAUUCAUUCAAAUGUGACUUGCAACGGGAAGAGAAUGUGAAGGCCGCUUUCAAAUGGAUCGAAGAUACUUUCGGUGGCGUUGACGUGCUCAUUAAUAAUGCGGGAAUAUUAGUAGAAGCGAAUUUGCUUGACUUGGACAACACAGAAAAGAUAAAAAGUGCAAUUGACACAAACGUCUUGGGUGUGGUGUACUGUACGCGUGAAGCAUUUCAUUCAAUGAAAAAACGAGAUGUCGCCGGUCAUAUAGUGACAAUAAAUAGUAUUUCUGGCCACAAAGUUCCGUACCUCGUUAAUAUAUGCCCAUCGAUUAAUAUCUAUCCAGCAACGAAAUUUGCCGUGACCGCUAUGACGGAGGUGUACCGACAAGAAUUACAACGGGAAAAGUCCAAAGUCAAAAUAACGAGCAUCAGCCCGGGUUCCGUUAAAACCGAGAUUUUUCCGGUGACAGAGGAGAUGCUGAAAGUUUUUCCGAUUCUUCAGCCUGAGGACGUGUCUGGCGCUGUUUUGUACGUUCUGGGCACACCACCGCACGUUCAAGUGCACGAAUUGAUAAUAAAACCGAUAGGAGAAGCUUUUUGAAAAAGUUCUCAGUUCACUUGGAAUGAUAAGAUUAUGGAAAUUAUGGAAAUUUGUACACGAAAUUUGCGAAUAAAACUUAUGAAUUUGAAUUAGCAACGA